AUGUACAAAUCAGACUUCGGGGCCCUUUGGUUAGUUUCAGAGAGCAACUCCUACCUCUUUCAAGCUUAUACCUUAGCUCCCACCAGAGGAAUGGCAGGCCAGAACCUCAGUCAGGAAAGGAACAGUCAUAUUAAACAGUGUCCCAAUGUCCAUUCAAAGGAAGAUAAACUAUGUUCUGGAAAGAAAGGAGAUAUCGAGGCAGAAAAACAUAAUAAAAACCAAAAAGAAAGAAAUGUCACCACACAGGUAUCAAAGAAUGAAAUCAAACAAUUUUUAUCGCAUACAUUGGAACAAAGAAAAUUGAAUAAAGUAAUCAAUAAAAGAGAAACUCUCUUAGGAAAAAAGAAGAAUCAACGUAAAUUAAGAAUAAAAGGAAUUCAAAAUAAAGAUCUUUUGAAAAGAAAUAAAAAUCAUUCAAAAAAGCCAGCAAAGAAAAAUUUCACAGAUGAAGGAGAUCAGCUUUUUAAGAUGGGCAUCAAGAUUCUCCAGCAGUCUAGAAACCAAAAACAAAAAGAAGAAGCCUACAUACUGUUUGCCAAAGCAGCUGACAUGGGAAAUUUGAAAGCUAUGGAGAAAAUGGCUGAUGCUUUGCUAUUUGGAAAUGUUGGCACGCAAAACAUAACAGCAGCUAUCCAAUUAUAUGAGUCCUUGGCUAAAGAAGGAUCCUAUAAAGCCCAAAACGCAUUAGGAUUUUUGUCUUCUUAUGGAAUAGGAAUGGAAUACAAUCAAGCCAAGGCACUGAUAUAUUACACCUUUGGAAGUGCUGGAGGAAGCAUGAUGUCCCAGAUGAUUUUGGGGUACAGAUAUUUGUCAGGAAUCAAUGUUCUACAGAAUUGUGAAGUUGCGCUAAAUCAUUACAAGAAAGUGGCAGAUUAUAUUGCUGACAAAUUGGAAAAAAGUGAAGGUAUUCCAGUGGAAAAAGUGAGACUAACUGAGAGACCUGAAAAUCUGAGUUCUAACAGUGAGAUUUUGGAUUGGGACAUAUACCAAUACUAUAAAUUUUUGGCAGAAAGAGGAGAUGUUCAGCUACAAGUAUCUCUUGGACAAUUACAUCUCAUUGGGAGAAAAGGUCUAGAUCAGGAUUACUACAAAGCAUUAUAUUACUUCUUAAAGGCAGCAAAGGCCGGGAGUGCAAAUGCCAUGGCAUUUAUAGGAAAGAUGUAUUUAGAGGGUAAUGCUGCAGCACCACAAAGUAAUGCUACUGCCUUCAAGUACUUUUCCAUGGCAGCCAACAAGGGCAAUGCAAUUGGUCUUCAUGGGCUCGGUCUUCUUUACUUUUAUGGGAAAGGAGUUCCCGUGAACUAUGCUGAAGCACUUAAAUACUUUCAGAAAGCUGCAGAGAAAGGAUGGCCUAAUGCACAGUUUCAGUUAGGAUUCAUGUACUACUCUGGCUCUGGAGUAUGGAAGGACUAUAAACUUGCCUUCAAAUAUUUUUACUUGGCAUCUCAGAGUGGGCAGCCCCUCGCCAUUUAUUAUCUGGCCGAGAUGUACGCGACAGGAACAGGAGUGUUAAGAUCGUGCAGAACUGCUGUGGAGCUUUAUAAAGGUGUCUGUGAACUAGGCCACUGGGCUGAGAAAUUCCUGACAGCAUACUUUGCCUAUAAGGAUGGUGAUAUAGAUUCUUCUCUUGUUCAGUAUGCACUACUUGCAGAAAUGGGAUAUGAAGUAGCCCAAAGCAAUUCAGCAUUCAUUUUGGAAUCUAAAAAGGCUAAAAUUCUUGAAAAAGAGAAGAUGUACCCAAUGGCACUUCUCCUAUGGAAUCGAGCUGCCAUUCAAGGCAAUGCGUUCGCUAGAGUAAAAAUUGGAGAUUACCAUUACUAUGGCUACGGGACUAAGAAAGACUAUCAAACAGCAGCUACACAUUACAGCAUUGCAGCUGACAAAUACCACAAUGCACAAGCCAUGUUCAAUCUGGCCUACAUGUAUGAACACGGUUUAGGUAUUGCAAAGGACAUUCACUUGGCCAGGAGAUUAUAUGAUAUGGCUGCUCAAACAAGUCCAGAUGCUCGCAUACCCGUGUUCUUUGCCCUCAUGAGACUGGAAACUGUGCAUUUGCUCCAAGAUAUCCUGUUUUUUAAUUUUACAAUGAGACGGAAAUGGAAGAAAUUGGACAACACCCUUGGACCAUACUGGGAUUUAUUUGUGAUUGGCCUAAUUGUUGCUAUGCUGAUCUUCUUGCUUAGAAAUCGCUACCGGUAG